AUGACCUCCGCUGAAGACGACGCUAACAUCUCAAGCCAGAUUUACAAGACCUUCAAGCAAUUACAAGAAGGAGAAAAGACCGCCGAUGCCCUGGAAAGUAUGCUCGAUCGACUGGAUGAUCGAUUGAGAGAAUUGAUCAGUGAUGUCAACUCAAUGAAACAAGAUAAAAAUGAUUCGAAUGAAGGUUCCAAGAACUUAAAUCAAUAA